AUGAAGGAGUCGAUCGGCCCGACUUGCCGCUGCUCUAAAUGCAACAGUUUGUUGAAAGCUUCUCCCAAAGCGACCGCCAAGAAGCCCAUAAGGUAUCGCUUUAACUUCAUGAAACAUAUGGAUCUGCGCCAGAGCAACUACAGAACUAUCACGUCCAUUUCGUACCUUACAGAGAAGUAUGGGGAAAAGAAGGCCGAGAACAUCGCAAGGUUCGUUAGGUGCAUUCACAAGCAGAUUAAUAGCGGUGUGAAUCGAAUCAGCGACCUCCAAGCCAGCAGCAUCCUUCCUUGGACAAGAGUGAGGCUAUUUCUGCUUCUCGUGACUCUCUCGCAGAGAGGAGGGUCCGACUACUGGAUGGGCAAAGAAGGCGAGAUGAAAGAGCCUGCUAGGCCCUCGGAGCCAAGGGAAAGAAAGCCGCAAGACAAGUCGAAACCGUAUGGGACCUUGAUUGAGGAAAUAAUGCGGCAAAAUAUCAAUGACAACUACAGGGAGGCGGACCACGAUGAAAACUAUGUGUUUAGCUCUAUUUGGGCAAACUUUAUGGAAGGACUGAUAAAUCACUUUUUGGAAAAGGUUAUCAUUCCCAGCAGCGAGAGGAAGGUGUGCCAGCAACUUUACAAGCCAAUGAUGAAAAUAAUAUCCUUGUAUAACGAGUACAACGAGCUGAUGGAAAAAAGUGAACGGAACGGCUUCCUGCCACCGAACCAGGAACCUCCGGCCAUAAUAAGCUCAGAUGAAGCUACUUCUAUAGAGGAUGGGAAACUCCAAACUGCGCAGCGACUUUUGUGGCAAGCUCGGCAAGAUAUUCCUAAAACAAUCAGCAAAGAGUUGACUUUACUAUCCGAAAUGUACUCAACGCUGUCUGCAGAUGAGCAGGACUUUGAAUUAGACGAGUUUGUAUGCAGUGCCGAAGAAUACAUUGAGUUGGAGUACCUGCCCUCUUUGAUUGAGGUACUGUUUGCCAAUGGAGGAACGCUAAACUUUUGGAAAAUCAUGAUCGUCUUAGAGCCAUUCUUUUACUACAUUGAAGAAGUCGCGGACGAGGAGAGUCCUUGCUACGACGGCGAUUCCGCGAAACCAGACCCCCGGGUAGUGACUUUAGAAAAAAUUUGUGAAGUCGCUGCGGAACAAGAGUGGAUUUGA